UAACAAAUUUCUUGGUGUAUUACUAAGAAGGAGAGGAAGCAUGUAAAGGCAGAGCACAGGAAACCAUUGGCGCGAAUGGCAAACUCAGAAACCCGGAGGAAGGGACUCCCACACCACCGGGAAAGAGGAACCUGUCCCGACCGCUUCCUUCACACGUGCGUGGCAGGGGCCCUUCAGGGUGGACCACAGGAUAAGUAGGUUAUCUUGGACGGUGGGUGUGAGCCUUUCUAGCUGCCUCCUUUGCGGGUGGGCCAAAGGCCCCUGGACAUGCUGUGUCACUGACGAGCUCGCUGGAGAUGGCGUCCCCGUUGUCGCCGGUCUGUGCCCGUGGGGGGAGGGAAGGUGCCCCGCUGUACCACCGGUCACGUCGUGGGUGGCAGAAGGGUGCAAGGGUGCCCGCCCUCCGGGAGGCUCUCCGGAUCCGUGCACUCAGAGCUGGAGGGCGCGCGGCCUGCUUUUGCCGCUGGGUGCUAUCAAAUCCGUAUCGGCUCACCCGAGAGAAGCUACGAGCAAGUUCCACUGGAGAAAAAAACUCCAGCGCGGGGACUACACUCGAGGCUGAGGAGCCGGCAGCGUGUCCGCGCUGGGGCCGCCGCGCACGACGAGCCGCGCUGACCCCCGACCCCGGCCUGCGGGAAACGGCUCCCUGGCUGCCCCGUGGGCCCGGCCAGCCCGGGACGAGGACGCAGGACCUCGGCAGGGACGCCAGAGCCAGCCCUCGCCAUCCCCACACGCCCCGCGGCAGCCGCGCGCACGUUACCUGCGGACCCCGGCCCCGCCCGCCCGUCUGGGCUGCCGCCCUCCGCCAUGAGUGCUUCCGCCUCCGCGGCCGCCACGAGCCCGCCGCGCCCCUCAGGCAGGAAGCAGAGCUGCCCGCGACCACUUCCGGCGCCACGGGCGAAGGGGCCGCGUCGGGGUCACGGCUUCCGGCGGGCGCGCGCUGGCCUCACUGGUUUCCGCGUCCGCGCCUCCACUUCCGGCUUCCCUGCCGAGCUGGGCGCUGGCGGGUUCCGGCGUGGACUUCGCGAGUUACCGGCUGUCGGGGCGCCGGGUGCGCUGUGGUUUCCCCUCAUAAGAAGCCAAGGAGUCGGAAAGCGCGUUGCCUGGGGCAGCAGCCUGGGUCCGUUCGAUCGGGUGUUCCCACCGCCACGGACGGGGCGUGGCUUCUGCCGGAUGUGGGCGGGGCCCCGGCGGGCGGGACCCGGGCCUGGGCUAGGCUGGCGGGGUCCCGGCAGGUGCCCCCCGAGCCACUAGCAGCCCCGGGAGGGUGGAUUCGGAGGCGCGGAGAGUGGUGACAGCCACGGCAGGGCUGAGCAUCGCAGCGUGUUGUUUUGGAUGAAUGCUCCCCCAAAUCCCUUCCAUGAAGCCCCCAAUCAGCUCGGAGGUUGAUGACAGCCAGUGGCUGACGCGGAGUUCAUUGAAUAAGUGAAUGCGUUUGUGAACAAACGAGUAACAUUCCCUGCACACUCCCAAGUUCAAAUAUCGCAGCGUCGUCCCGCCGUUAUCAGCAGAAAACAGCCUAACGGGCGCGUCGGUGGAGCUGAGCCUGUCGCCUCAUGCAGUGCCACCGCAGAGCCCUCGGCUGUGUCUCCUGCAGAGGUCACCCUGGGGUCAGAACCAGGGCUGCCUUGGUCAAGGGCCAACCGCACGGCUGUUUCUGAAACCAUCAAGUCCGAGAAUGCCCGUGUUACAAUUAAUAAAUGGCAUUGUUAACCGA